AUGACGAAACGUCAGAUAGAUUCAUUGGCCAUGUUAUAUACGUCGAAAUCGGAUAAUUUACGGUGUCCGACAUCCUCUGCUAUGCCAAUGUCGGGAGGAACUACUCGAAUGCUGAGAGCAAGAAGAAAAGACUGCAAUGUCAAACCCAACAGGAGACUCGAUAAAAAAUCAUCAAGAGGAAUGUUAUACGAAAAUGAAGAGCUCAGAAUGAGAACUAUAACGAUAAAUGCCGAAGUCGAACAAGGUCAACACGCAUUGAAAAAAUUAAGAAGGGAAAAUGAACAACUCAGACGUGAAAUGUGGAGUUUGCGUGACGAAUACGACAAAAUGGAAAAACUAUUAAAGAAAAAAGAAACCGACGACGACGACGAUGAUUCGGAUGAGGAAAAUUCAGAUUCGGAUGUUAAUUUGAGCAGAGCGGACGACGAAUCCGACGAUGAAAAACAAAAAACGAAAAACAAUUUGGUAGGAGAAGAAGAAAAUCCGGAUUUGGAAAAUGAAGAAAAUCAUCAGAAAUCCAACAGUUUUGGAAAAGGAUCGAGUGCGUGCGUUCGCACUUUCGACGGAUUAAGCGUAAUUGAUGAACAAACAGAAGAAACGCAAACAACAACGGAAAGCCCGAUCGGAUAUGGAGGACCAUCUUCGAGUAGGGGAAAUAGCGGAAGUAGAAAUUAUUUACCCGGUUUGUACGAUGAUGAUGAUGACGUCGAGGGUACAACGUGCGGAAUGACACAUUUGGAAGAAGGCUACGGUCCUGGAAUUUACAACAAUCCGUUAAAAUCUCCCGUUAAAAAAAAGGGAUCUUGUUUGUACGAGGAUAACGUUUCACCGUAUGCUCCAGGCGGAGGAAACUGGAACGCAAAUUGUGAAAAUUUCGAAUCUCGUCCGGCUUCUCCCUACCCAUACAACGGAAUCCACCAUCAUCGUGAUUCUUAUCAGAAAAGAUUUCAAGUUCUCCAGAAUUUAUCAAUGGCUCAAUCCUCUCCGAACAAUCAUCCCCUGUGCGAUAACGAAUGGAUUUUCACGACAAAUUCUCAACCACCCUCCGAGGAUUUACAUAAUUACGUCGAUGGAAAAUCCGAUGCCCCCCCAAUAAAAUCCAAUUCACUUUAUCAUCCGUCAUCAUCAUCAACAACAACAUUCGGUUACGAUAACAUUUUCCAAGAUCGUACGGGACCGGAUGUUUUCGUGACCAAUGGAAUCCCAUCGACGACGACGACGGAUAUCGAACAACAACAACAACAACAACAACAACAUUUUCAAUUAUUACCAGAAUCGAAAGAAAAUUUUUCAACGUUGGAGAAUUUAGAUACGAAAUUGAAUAUUGAUGAAGAAGAAACGCAAACAACAACGGAAAGCCCGAUCGGAUAUGGAGGACCAUCGUCGAGUAGGGGAAAUAGCGGAAGUAGAAAUUAUUUACCCGGUUUGUACGAUGAUGAUGAUGACGUCGAGGGUACAACGUGCGGAAUGACACAUUUGGAAGAAGGCUACGGUCCUGGAAUUUAUAACAAUCCGUUAAAAUCUCCCGUUAAAAAAAAGGGAUCUUGUUUAUACGAGGAUAACGUUUCACCGUAUGCUCCAGGCGGAGGAAACUGGAACGCAAAUUGUGAAAAUUUCGAAUCUCGUCCGGCUUCUCCCUACCCAUACAACGGAAUCCACCAUCAUCGUGAUUCUUAUCAGAAAAGAUUUCAAGUUCUCCAGAAUUUAUCAAUGGCUCAAUCCUCUCCGAACAAUCAUCCCCUGUGCGAUAACGAAUGGAUUUUCACGACAAAUUCCCAACCACCCUCCGAGGAUUUACAUAAUUACGUCGAUGGAAAAUCCGAUGCCCCCCCAAUAAAAUCCAAUUCACUUUAUCAUCCGUCAUCAUCAUCAACAACAACAUUCGGUUACGAUAACAUUUUCCAAGAUCGUACGGGACCGGAUGUUUUCGUGACCAACGGAAUCCCAUCGACGACGACGACGACGGAUAUCGAACAACAACAACAACAACAACAUUUUCAAUUAUUACCAGAAUCGAAAGAAAAUUUUUCAACGUUGGAAGAUUUAGAUACGAAAUUGAAUAUUGAUGAAGGUGAGAACAAACAAACAAACAAACAACAGAGUCAGUCAAUAAAAGGUCAUUUAAUUAAAUCUUUAAUUUAA